AAAUAGGGGCUGGUUUUGUGCGCAGGGCGGCAGGUGUAGUGAUGAGGAGCGAAGCUCGGCGGGCUGGAGAGGGUGGCCCCGCACGGCAGCUCCGACAGCAGCCCGUUCUCAGGAGCAUGGCAGCGGCCCCGCCGCGCUGCUCCCCACGCUGAGCCCUGUCGAGUCCGCGGUGCCACCAUCAGUGCCAUUGCCAUGCCUCCCCAGGAGCUCCUGGAUUACGCGCCCGCCUUACGGAGACACAGCCCAUCCCGGGGCAGCGGCCCGGAGCUGGGAAUCAAGUGCGUGCUGGUGGGCGACGGCGCCGUUGGCAAGACCAGCCUGGUGGUCAGCUACACCACCAACGGGUACCCCGACGAGUACCAGCCCACCGCCCUCGACACCUUCUCCGUGCAGGUCCUUGUGGAUGGAGCCCCAGUACGAAUUCAGCUGUGGGACACUGCUGGACAGGAGGACUUUGACUGUUUGCGCUCGCUUUGUUACCCUGACACCGACGUCUUCCUUGUCUGCUUCAGUGUGGUAAACCCAAGCUCCUUCCAGAACAUUACAGAGAAAUGGAUCCCUGAGAUACGAACUCACAACCCGCGGGCGCCAGUGCUGCUCGUGGGGACACAGGCAGACUUGCGGGACGAUGUCAAUGUCCUCAUCAGCCUGGAUCGCUACCACGUGAAGCCUGUGCCCCGGCCUCAGGCAGAAGGUCUAGCUGACAAAAUCCGGGCUGAAGCCUACCUGGAAUGCUCAGCACUGACCCAGAAGAACCUUAAAGAAGUUUUUGACAUGGCCAUUGUCAGUGGUGUUGAGCACAAGGCACGUCAGGAAAAGAAGAUGACUGCCAAAGGCAUCAAGACUCUCUCUAAGUGCCGCUGGAAGAAGUUCUUUUGCUUUGUCUGAAGCUGCUUUGAGGGAGGGGAAAAGAAACACCCAAUGCCAGUAUUGGCUCUGCACCUUCUUGGAGUGACUGCUCCUAUGGCCCCAGCAAGGAGGGUAUGAUAAGCUGCUGGGCUUGGAAACCUGUCUCUUGCUGGGUACAGUAUCAGAUGCCGAGACAUGAACUAGAUUUCCAUUGUGCUGAGAUGUGGAAUGGUCCAGGCAGCUGUAAUACCUGCUGGACAUGUCUGUAGUGUCCCAGACUAAUGGGAGCCUUUAGUACAUCAAGACUCAGUACCCCAGAACAGGCAGGUUCCUUGCAUUGUUCAAAAUGACCAGUUUUCUGGUUGAAGCUCACACAUUUUCAGAGUUCUGGUGCAGCAUAAUAAACACGAGGGAUUUCCGAAAUCAGCCUGUGUUUUGGCUGAUUUACAGGCAUGGCAGAGAGUAGGGCAGGGGCAGUUACAGGCAACUGCAAUGUGGUCAGGCAUGGGGUGCAGAGUUUGUAAUGUGAGACUUGGGUUCCCCCUCUGAUUCCAUUUGCCGAAAUAGGUAGAAUUCACUUGGCUGUGAAAAAGCAGCUCUCUUUCUUAAAGGUCCUGUACUAGGAGUACUCUUGAGAAGUUAUUUCCUAAAUAAAGGCCAUUAGCAGGCUGAAGAGAAAAUGCACUGGGAGCUACCGCAAUACUUUGAGAAAAACCUUCUCAGAGAGGACUCUGCAGUCCUCUGGGUGCAGGUGUUACAGUCCUAUCCUAAGAGGUAGUUGUGCACUUGGAGACCAACUUUAAAAGGUCUUUUGUGUGUGUGGUGUUUCGAAAGAAAGAAGAGGUGAGGAAGAGUGAGGUGUGGCUCUGUCUAACAGAGAAAAAACUGUGUCAGCAAAGGGUUUAUAACACUACCAAGGGGUCAAAUGUAGAUGGAGGGAGAAGGAAGAAAAAGAAGCAAAUAGAAAGGAGAAAGAUGGAAUGAAGAAAGGUAGAUGGAGAAGGAAAGGAGAAUGAAUGUAGUUAAAUGAAAGUUGUGAUUCUACUUAGUUGAGAUGCUAAUAUGCAGGGUAACCUCUAGGCACCUGAAAAUUUUGCUAGUGAUAUGAAUUUCAAAGUAAUAUUGUGAAAACAUUCAGUUCUGAAUCAAAAGGAGGGUGUUGUAGUGAGAGAGAGUUCCUCUUUAUUAGGAAAAUCCUCCAUUUCAGAUCUGCACAGAAGAAUGGAAUUUACCUUGUACUGUUCUUCCUGAGGCUGCAGAACAGGAACAGAGGACUCAGGGCUUCUUUCUGUUAUGCUUCCCUUUUUAAAAAGUCACUGCUUGAUCUGCUGAAAUCAAAAGCAAAGGAAAUCCAUGAAGUUUUUGCUGGAGAAAAUAAUUCCUUAAGUUUCACUCCCUUCCCCUCUCACCUGUUUCUCAGGGGAUCAUUACCUCAGAGAGUCUAUUCACAUUUUAUUAUAUUUUAUUAUAGAACUUGCAGCAAUUUCUAGAUCUUCUUUUGCAGAGACAUUUCAUUUUGGUUUAUGUAGCAGAGAGCAUGACAGGUCUGUCAAGAGAUGCUUUUGAUACUCAGGGGGUUCUCUGCAUCUGGCCACAGCCCAUCGCUUUGAGGAUGCUCUGGAGUAAUGUGACAGAAAUGUGACAGAAAGAGAAAUAGCUGUGGAUGGUUUGCCCUAGACCAAAGGCAAGCAUAGGUGAGCUAGUGAGCCUGUAGCAAGGCAAAUAUGACUAAUGCAGUCUGGCUCCAAACAAAUGCCUCCCAACAGCUCUCACAGACAGCUGGUUUUGUAGUGCAACUUAUGUAGUUCCCAGGAUGUGAAACAAGACUGCUGUCUCCCUGGGCAGUAUUGCAGGAUGAAAGAGGUGAAGUGUUCCUGGGAAGGGAAGUGGCCCACAGCCUUGGAGGUGCUUCUAGGGUAAGGCUCAGAGACCUGAAAAGGAUGGUGCAGCAAAAUGAGCUGAAUGUUGAAAGGAGUCCUCCAACUGAAAUGCCCUUUGAGUCCAGUGAGGAGUCUUAAGAGAUGAUGAACACAGAGACAGUAGCUAGAAGUGACAUGUCUGACACAGGUCUAGGUAGGACACCUGACAAAGCUCAGCAACGCAUCCCUGUGUGCAUAUCCUACCUGUACAGGCACCUUUGCUGUAUCACUAGUUCAGUUUGUCUGUUGGGUCUUUACACAUUUCUUUAGCCUGUGAGACCAAGGGCUGUGGUGUGACCUGCCAAAGAGCAUGCCACAUCCCUAUGGAGCAAAUCCACAGGUGGAAAGAACACCAGCCUCCUUCCUGACAAGGACAGCAAGAGUUGUCCUGCAGUAGCUUGGUAUGAAACAGGGGUUAUUUCAUUCUGGAAAAAAAACUGUACUGAGAGCUACUUUUGUUCUAUGUGAUUGUGUCUAAAAUUUGUUCAAAUAAAUUUUUUUAAUGUCCACAA